AUGUAUAACCAUGUUCUGAAAGAGGUCACUUGUGAAUGCAGAAAAUUUGAAACACAUGGUAUUAUUUGCAAGCAUUGUAUUCGUGUGUUGGAUCAGAACAUGGUCUUCAAAAUACCUACAAAGUACAUGUUAGACAGGUGGCGCAAAGAUAUCGUGAGGAAGCACACAAGGGUAAAGGUCGCGUACCAUGACCCCACGCAGACACCUGAGGUUAAAAAAUUCAACAUGAUGAUGAAUGCAUUUGAGGGGGUGUGUGAGGAUGCUUCUGCUGUAGAUGAUGAAACCGUACAGCUAGUGAUAGACUCCCUGUCUACUCUCCACAUUGAAGUGAAGGAUCGGAGCCUAAAAUAUAUGAAACUAAUUGCUUCGAGUGAUUACCCCAUGGUUGAGGAUCCACAUUCAGACAUUGGUUCUAACAGCCAUACUGUUAAUGGACAGUCCCUUCCUUCGCCGUCCACCGUUCCCAACGUUCUUGACCCUACGUGUAAAAAACGUCGUCGUGGUAUACCAAAGGGUUCUCGCAACAAAGCCUAUUUAGAGACUGCUUACAAGCAAGUUAAGCCACGAAAAUCAAAGGCCAAACAAGGUUUGGAGUACGCCCAGUUGCAGGAUGAUGAUAACAUCCACCUUACACAACCUAAUGUAGGUGGAGACAGUGUAUUGUUAGCCCAAAGUAUUUUAUGA